UGGCGCCCAGCGUGGCUACGGGUAGGGGGGAGGGCGGGCGGCGGAGGGAACACAGGGGAACAAGAAUGGUUAAGGAAAAUCGGAAGGUUCGUCAGAAAUUCUGUACAAUGUUGAAACCCGCGAGCGUGUCCCAGCGGCAGCAGCCUCACGCUCUUCAGUUUGGCUGCGGCCGUGGUGACGGGUGGAUGUGUCUGAACCGCCUCCCUCGUCCCUGCCACACGCUCGCUCACUCAGCCGCCGCUACACCGGGCAUGACCCGCCGCCUCCUGCAGGACUUAGCGACGCUGUCAAGGACUCCCGCCGCGUGCAGGCGACCCAUGGCGUGACCGAUGGUCUGGUAGGCGUGGUUCCUUUACUCGUGAACUGACUCGUACUAAGGUGACCAGCCACAUUCACGAUGGUGAUGGUGGACGCAGCGUAAGUAGCAGUGUCUGACCCACUCCCUGCCCGGCCCAUCACGCCCCCCUCACCACCCCCCAUCAUGGAGGAGAACGUCACGCUGGACGAGGUGGUGUGCGGCGACAACUUCACCAUGGACGGCAACGUCACCGCCAACACCUCCAUGGAGCACCUCAACGUGAGCGGCCAGUACCCGCUGGACCUGGCGGUGCCGUUGUACGGGUACGCUAUGCCCGUUCUGCUGCUGGUCACCACGGUGGCCAACACGCUGAUCGUGGCCGUGCUGUGGCAGCCACACAUGCGCUCCCCCACCAACGCGGUGCUGAUGGCCAUGGCGCUCUCUGACAUGCUGACGGUGCUCUUCCCGGAGCCCACUUUCUUCUACAUGUACACGCUGGACAACCACGCCAAGCCCCUGCAUCCUCCCGCCGCCUGCUACGCCUGGUACGUGCUGCACGAGCCCAUCCCCAACAUGUUCCACACGGCCUCCAUCUGGCUGACGGUGCUGCUGGCCACACAGCGAUACAUCUCCGUGUGCCACCCCUCGCUGGCGCCCCGCUGGUGCACGCAGAACAUCGUCACCUGGGCCAUCGUGUGGGUGUUCUUUUUCGCCGCCAUCCACCAGACGCCGCGGGUCUUCGAGAACCACUACGAGUCCAUGCAGAUAGAGUGGGAGGGCCAGUGUGUGUGGGUGUGCAGGGUCACAUACAAUUCCUGGGUCACCACCAUCAAAAUCCAUGUAUAUUAUCCAAUAUAUUUCUGGUUCCGGGUGGUGUUCGUGCACCUGGGGCCGUGCACGGUGCUCGUCGUGCUCAACGUGCUGCUCUUCAAGGCCCUCAAGGAGGCUCAGAAGCGAAGAAAGAAGCUUCUCAACGAGAAGAGCUCCAGCAAGGAAUGCAGGAGGCUGCGCGACCACAACACCACGCUGAUGCUGAUCGUGGUGGUGUCCGUGUUCCUGGUGACGGAGAUUCCCCUGGCGGUCAUCACCGUGCUGCACAUCAUGUCCAACUCGGGCCUCAACAUCUUCUCGGAGCAGUCUUACGACAGCGUCAUGCGCUUCUUUAUCAUCUCUAAUUCCUUCAUCAUUUUUUCGUACCCCAUAAACUUUGCCAUCUACUGUGGCAUGUCGCGCCAGUUCCGCGAGACCUUCCGCGACCUGUUCGUGCGCGGCGGCAGCCAGUCAUGGCGGCGCAUGGACUCCACACGCGACUCUCGCGGCUCCAUGUACAAUGGCCCGCCCCGUAACUGCCGCUCACUGACCUCCGAGACGAUUAUCUGAGGACGGGCGACGCCAGGUGAGGGCGCCGCCUCUAGGCGCGCCUCAUCUGGCUUCCAGACCUCCUCGGAGCUCACAGGCCAGACCUUCUACAACGGCACCCGCAGCUCGGUGGCCAAUGUGAGUGAGCUGGCCGAGGGGCACUCCCCGGAGCCCGCCGCAGCGCGCAGGGCAGGGCUGUCCAGGAACAUGACGGAGGUUGACUACUACCAGGUGGACACGCCGGAGGGCGGCGUUACUGGGGGCGAGGCUAGCACCCAGGAGGCCACCCCUAACACCUCAGGCGGCGGGAGGGAUCGGGAGGGGCUGCUGGUGAGCGGACCGCGUGGCGAGGGCCGCCGCAGCCCCUCGGCCCUCAGGGUGCACUUCGAGACCAGCAGCAGCACGGGCGGCGUUGAAGAAGAAGAGGAAGACCUGCGGCCGGCAGUGAGCGAGACUGUGUUGUAGGCGACCCUCGGCAGGUAUGUUCGUGCGUUCGUCCAUGAGGCGGGUGAUCUGCAGGGCGUCACCAUGGCAACGGUGCUGGUGCGUCACUGUCUGGGCCUCCUCCGUCACGCUGCGUCACAACUACGUCACACUUACGACAUACUUGCGUCACUCCUUCAUGUAACAACGUGGAUGCGAAGUGAAUGGGAAAGUGCGCUGAUAAAUGAGUAUUGUUGAUAAAAGAUUGAUGAUAGAACAGUAUAAAAAGUAAUUGAUGAUAAAGAAAAGAAUAUGAUAAUGAUAAUAAAGAAAAUGAACUGAAUGGAAAAGGGUAACGAAAGGAAAUGAUAACACCACUAAAAGAACAUCAAGAACAAGAACAACUGAACCAACUCAAUAAGCAAGUAAACAAAUAAACAAGUAAAAGAAAACAUGCUCUUCCAUCAAAGAAUCACAACUACAGUUUUUAAAAGGAAGUGAUAGAGAGAGAAGAAAAAAACAACAACAAGAAAAUAUAUCCUUUGAAAGAAUACAGAGAAAAUAACAUGUUUUCUCCUUAAAUUUUUACCUUGAUAGUGUUGUUUGCAUCUACAAUCAAUUACUGUCAGGUGUGAGACGGCAGGUGUGCGUGAUAAGAAACAGGUGUGUAAUUAAUAGGAGGCGAGGAACAGGUGUGAAUUUGUACAAUCGAAGCCUUGUGAUAUGAUACUUAUGAUGAACCUAAUGACCGCAGGUGUGUAUGCGUGACUCAUUCGUGACAUGUGUGUGGGAUGAAGUACUGUACCUGAACUAAACCUGCGUGGCCCCAGUGUGACCCCUGUGACCUGAUGAGUGACCUGUUGACCCUUAGACGUACAGGGGAGGAUGACCUGAAGUGAGAGAUACUAAAGGGAAAAUAGAUGAGGAAUUCCUUAAAGAAGGAAACUGAGGUAUAAGAUGAUUAUAGUUAGAGAAAAGAUAAGAAAAAACAGUUAAUGGUGCUGUUCCCCAUUAGGUGCUCAGCCCUUCCCCAAUCAUUCCCCACUUGACCUGGGCUGAAAAUUAUCCCCUCCCCCCUCAUCCCAACCUACCCCGAACCCAGCCCCGCAUCAUCCUCCAAUGUAUAAAGCUACAUAUUAUAACUACAUAGCAAUCACGUUGAUGUAUUUGGUGUGAAUACAUUUAUAAACACAUAAAUAGUUCUAUAUAUAUAUAAAAAUAUAUAUAUAUAUAUAUAUGUAUACAUACAUAAAUGCAUACCAUUAGUGUCAUAAGUGGUUAGGUGAGGAAUUGAUGAGUUGAUGAGUUGAAUGGAUAAGCUUUACUCCCUCCUGUCACGCCGCGCUGACAUGAGGGAGGUGAGGUUUCCACGUAUGUGUUUGUGUCCAUGUGCGUGUGUGAGUGUCUGUCUGUACCUACUAAUCUACCUGGAUUUGUGUGGAUGAUAAGGACCACCAUUAUUAUUUUUCUAUGUCAGUUAUUGAAGGUAGAUUAAAGAAAAUGCAUUCCUUAUAUCCUGUACAUGUAUAUCUCUCUCCCUCUCUCUCUCUCUCUCUCUCUCUCUCUCUCUCUCUCUCUCUCUCUCUCUCUCUCUCUCUCUGUGUGUGUGUCUCGUCUCUUCGUCUUUCCCCUCCUCCUCCUCCUCCUCCUCCUCCUCCUCCUCCUCCUCCUCCUCCUUCCAGGCUCUCAGUGUGGCAUUACACGUACACAGCCUCGCCUCUCACCGCUUCCCCAACGACCCCACUCAUGGCACCGCCGCAUUUGAUCCUCCCCUUCUUUCCCCUCAUUCCUCACUCCCUCCCCGCACCUUUACCCUCUCCGGUGUAGGAUGCGCUGCCGUGACCCGUGUGACUCCUGAGAGCAAGAGACACAAACACAACCUUCUCCAUUCAUAUCCUCCUCCUUCUUCUCCUCUUUCUGCUCCUCCUCCUCCAUUUCCUUCUCCUUUGAAGCUCUUCACGCCACCACCUCUUCUCUGGCUUCCUCUAUAUAAUACUAAUCACUUACUCUCUCUCUCUCUCUCUCUCUCUCUCUCUCUCUCUCUCUCUCUCUCUCUCUCUCUCUCUCUCUCUCUCUCUCUCUCUCUCUCUCUCUCUCCCCCCUUCUUCUUUUCCCACUCCCCACCCACACCCUCUUCUCCCAAAAGACUGGUUCUCCGCCCCACUGGUGAUCCCCCCGUCCCACGCUGAGCCCCUAGAGCACGGGGUGACCACCAGUAACUCCCCUCACCUCCCCUCACUUUCCCCUCACUCAUUACGUCUCCUGCUCAUCGCCAUCUCCCUAUCACGCUUUCCCUCAUCGACUCAAGUUGUUUUUUUCCCCUUUUUUGUCUAAUUUUCCCCUCAUAUUCCCCUCCCUUCGUCGAACCUGUCCAAGGGUGAGGACGCUUCCCCUUCCUCGUCACCCUAGUGUGAUUGGUUCCGGUGUAAAAAAUAUAAAUGGUGAGUAAAUGGUGAUGAUGGUGAUGAUGAUGACUGAUGGUGAUGAUGAUGACUGAUGGUGAUGAUGAUGGUAUACUACUAUCUUAGGCUUACUGUGUUUCGGCGUUGUCUUUCGUGUGUGUGUGUGUGUGUUUGUUUGUGUGUGUGUGUGUGUGUGUGUGUGUGUGUGUGUGUGUGUGUGUGUGUGUGUGUGUGUGUGUGUGUGUGUGUGUGUGUGUGUGUGCACGUGCUACUCUAUGUACGUAUUUCAUAUUAUUUCCAUUGCAAUUUUACGUUUUCCCAUGUACACCAAAAAAGUAGACAGAGCUGUUUACUUACAUAGUCCCACACACACACACACACACACACACACACACACACACACACACACACACACACAUAUUAUAUUCAGGUGUGUGCGAGCUCGCGCGCACGUACGAUCAUCCUUGCUCUUUAUCUCCACAUGUGGCACCUUUAUACAGUGGUGGAUGUGUUCUCUCUCUCUCUCUCUCUCUCUCUCUCUCUCUCUCUACACACACACACACACACACACACACACACACACACACACACACACACACAA